AUGGCGAUGAGCAGACUGGAAGAAGCGCUGCAGGAGAUCAACAGGGAAAAGAUUCAGUUGAAGGAUGAGGAAAUCAAACGAAACAAUCAACUACUGCAUGAAAUGAUGGAAUUCUUCAUUGGAGAGUUCAAGAAAGAUUCUUUCUUCAAUUCCAUUUAUGAACGGUUUUUCUUUGGUGGCAGUUUCUACGAUGGACUUAAAGUCGGUAAACCGAAUGAAUUCGAUAUUGAUUUGGUGUUCACUUUGCCCACGGCCGCAAAUGCAACUAUUGCCACCCAUGAUGAUCAUCCAGGCUUUGUCCAAGUAAAGGUGGAUCGAAAUGUGGGAACACUUAAUGAUGGUACAUUGUUACAUAUUAAAAACAUCAUGAAGUGGUUCCAAGGUUUGGUGGAUACCGCCAAGAACGCGAUGCGUUACCACAACCUCAACUUUUCGGUUGUAAAAACAACUGUCACAGUCGGCCCUGCAAUUACCUUUACGAUUGGUGACAAGCGAUACGGAAAACAGUUCGAUGUUGAUUUUGUGCCUUGUUUUAAAUUCCCCUCUUCGCAAUGGCUGGGAAAUUAUGUAAGAUUGACGGAAGGAUCGGUUGAUCCUAACGACCAGCUUACCAAAGAGUUUCUAGUCGUGCCAAAACCCAGAGACAACUAUUGCCAGACACUUUUCCGAUUGUCUUUCCAGGGACAAGAGCGCCUCUUGCUCGAAGGAAAAGGCCAUGUGAAACCUGCAAUUCGGUUACUUAAGCUCUAUCGCGAUCAGCAUACUGAUUCCCCCAUCAAGAGUUACUACCUGAAGACGUUGGCACUUCAUGCUUUGCAGGACUCCAGUUUUAUUUACAAAGAUGCGACUUUAAGUUCUGUCUUUGUGCAGGUAACAUAA